AUGGACAUUUCUGUGGAUGAAGAGGAGAAAGCAGAGCGGAGUUGUACCAUAACAGAGAGAGAGAUGGCAUCAGAACCUUCAGAAACACAACACAGAUCAGAGUCUCCAGCCUCUGAUUGUUUGUCUGUGAACAGUGACUGGUCUAAAAGCAUCCCUCUGAACUUUAACCAUGAACCUGGACCAUCAGGCACAAAACAAAGACCAGAGUCUCCAGCGUCCAUCUGUCUGUCUAUGAACAGUGACUGGUCUAAAAGCAUCCCUCUGAACUUUAGCCAUGACCCUGGACCAACAGGGAAAAGGUAAGAGAAGUGGACUCAUACUCCUGAGGUGGAAACACCGUCCUGUUCUUUGUGUCAGAUGAUCCUGAAUGAUCCGGUCUCCACCAGUUGUGGACACUGGUUCUGCAGACAAUGCAUGACUUUAUACUGGGACCAGUCCACUUCAUCAGGAGACUCAUCCUGUCCCCAGUGUAGAAAAAGUCAGAGAACAAUAAUUGGACUGGAGGCUGACAGCACGAUACAAAUAUUUUUUUAUGGUUUGGUUUUAGAAGAACAUAAGCUCAGUCUGAAGAAGAGGUGUGAAUGUGUGGCUGAAGGAGGUGUUGAAGCAGGAAGUGGAACUCCUCUAAACCGGAUCUACACUGAGCUCUACAUAACAGAAGGACAGAGUGAAGACGUUAACACCCAACAUGAGGUGAGGAGCAUGGAGACAGGUUCCAAGAAGACAACCAUCCAAGACACUCCAAUCAAGUGCAGUGACAUUUUCAAAGCCUUUCCUGACCAGCAGAAGCACAUCAGACUUGUUUUCACAAAUGGCGUCGCUGGAGUUGGAAAAACCUUCUCAGUGCAGAAGUUCACUCUGGACUGGGCUGAAGGUUUGGAAAACCAGGACAUCGGUCUGGUGGUUCUACUUUCCUUCAGGGAGUUGAAUCUGAUCAGAGAUGAGCAGUAUAGUCUGCUGAUGUUGCUCCAUAUUUUCCAUCCAACAUUACAGAAGGUCACAGCAGAGCAGAUCGCUGUCUGGAAACUUCUGUUCAUCUUUGACGGCCUGGAUGAAAGCAGGUUUUCAUUAGAUUUCCAUAAUUUCGCCGUAGUUUCCGAUGUCACGCAAAAGACAUCAGUCGGUUUGUUGUUGGCAAACCUCAUCAAGGGGAAUCUGCUUCCAUCUGCUCUCAUCUGGAUAACGUCCAGACCUGCAGCAGCCAAUCAGAUCCCUCCUUCAUGUGUCGACAGGGUUACAGAGGUCCGAGGUUUUACUGAUACCCAGAAGGAGGAGUACUUCAGGAGGAGAGCCAGGGAUGAAGAUCUGUCCAACAGAAUCAUUUCACACAUCAAAACAUCCAGGAGCCUCCACAUCAUGUGUCAAAUCCCAGUCUUCUGCUGGAUCAGUGCUACAGUUCUGGAGCACAUGUUGACUUCAGACCAGAGAGGAGAGCUACCCAAGACCCUGACAGACCUGUACUCACAUUUCAUCAUGGUCCAGACAAAGAGGAAGAAGAAGAAGUUUGAAAAAGGACAUGAGAUGGAUCUGACAGAGGCUGACAGGGAGGUUCUUCUGAAGUUAGGGAGGCUGGCAUUUCAACAACUGAAGAAAGGAAACAUCAUGUUCUACAAUGAAGAUCUCGAGAUGUGUGGUCUGGACGUCACAGAGGCCUUAGUGUACACAGGAGUUUGUACAGAGAUCUUUAAAAGAGAACGUGUGAUCUUCCACAAAACAGUCUACUGCUUUGUUCAUCUGAGCAUUCAGGAGUUUCUGGCUGCAGUCUACAUCUACCACUGUUACACCGACAGGAACACGGAGGUGAUGAAGGGGUUCCUGGGAGAUUGGAAGCAGAACUCAACACUGGAUGUCCUCCUGAGAAAAACAACAGAAAACUCACUUCAAAGCGAAAAUGGCCACUUGGAUCUGUUUGUCCGCUUCCUUCAUGGCCUCUGUCUGGAGUCCAACCAGACACUGUUAGGAGGUCUGUUGGGUCGAACAGAGGUCAAACCGGAAACAAUACAGAAGGUCAUCAACAAUCUGAAGAAGAUGAACACGCGCAAAAUCUCUCCUGACAGAAGCAUCAACAUCUUCCACUGUCUGAUGGAGAUGAAUGACCAGAUGGUCCAUCAGGAAAUCCAGGAGUUCCUGAAGUCGAAGAACAGGACAGAGGAGGAACUCUCUGAGAUCCACUGCUCAGCUCUGGCCUACAUGCUGCAGAUGUCGGAGGAGGUUCUGGAUGAGUUAGACCUGGCGAAGUAUAACGCAUCGCCUGAAGGACGAUUUAGACUGAUUUCAGCUGUGAGGAACUGCAGAAAGGCUGUACUUGCUGGCUGUGGGCUCUCAGAGACUCAUUUUAGAGUGGUGUCCUUGGCUCUGAAGUCUAAUCCUUCCCACCUGAGGGAAGUCAACCUGAGUGGAAACAUGUUGCAAGGUUCUGGACUGCAGCUGGUUUCUGAUGGAUUACGGAGUCCAAACUGCAGAUUGGAGACCCUGAAACUGAGCGGUUGUGGGUUGACAGAGAUCAGUUGUUCCUCUCUGGCCUCAGCUCUGAAGUCUUCCCCUGACCACCUGACAGAGCUGGACCUAACUGGAAACGUGAAGAUGACGGAUUCUGGAGUGAAGAUGCUGUGUGAUUUCCUUCAGAGUCCUCAUUGCAGACUGCAGACUCUCAGAUUAUGGAGCUGCAGGUUGACAGAGGUGACCUGUUCGUCUUUAGCCUCAGUUCUGAAGUCCAGAACCUCUAAUCUGACAGUUCUGGAUCUCGGUGACAACAACCUGCAGGAUUCAGGAGUGAAGCUACUGUGUGUUGGACUGGAGAGUUCAACCUGUAAACUCCAGACUCUCAGACUGAGGAGCUGCAGUUUGACAGAACUCAGCUGUUCCUCUUUGGCCUCUGCUAUGACGUCCAAUCCUGACCAUCUGACGGAGCUAAACCUCAGUAACAACAGGCUUCAGGAUCAUGGACUGAAGCUGCUCUGUGAUGUUCUGCAAAGCCCAAAGUGUACUCUGAAGAUUCUGAGGCUGAGUUCCUGCAGUUUGUCGGGGGCUGGUUGUUCAUCUCUGGCCUCAGCUCUGAAGUCCAAUCCCUCCCAUUUGAUGAAAAUGGAUCUGAGUUUAAACAACCUGAGCCGUUCUGACCUUACGGAGCUGUCUGCCCUUGUGGAGAGUCCACUCUAUGCCCUGCAGUCUCUGGGAUGGAAUCCAUCAACCUAA